AUGGCCCUGAACUACGUGACACUGUCCGCCGGCGAUCGAGGGAACUGGGUGGCCCGCAGCUCCUCCCCAGCCGGCCUCGGCCCCUCGGCCUCAGCGUUGGCCAUGGUCGCUGGAGACGGCUUCCUCGUGGGCAGACCUGAGCCUGGGCACGGGCCUCGGCGGGCGGUGCGACUGGGCGCCCCCAGCGAAGGCCGCCGAGUGCCUGGGGGCCCGACCCGCCUUCAAAAAGGCAGAAAGGUGAAGGGCGGGAGCCGAGUCCGCCCCCCGAGAUUCGCUCCCUACCCGAUCCCCAGGGCGCGCCCAGUCUGUUAA